CUUUUAUUUUACACAUCCUUUCUAUAUUCUAAUUACAUAAAUCGUUAACAUGGCCUCCAGUAUUUCACGGACGGCAUCGGUGGCGACCACUAAAACCGUCUCCGUUCAUCUUAACGAAAAAGAUCAAGAAACAAUUCCUAUGUCAGGAGUAACAAACGACAAAAAAGACAAAAAGUCCAAGAAGGACAAAAAGGACAAGAAGGAAAAGAAGGAAAAGGAACCCGCCGUUUCCUUCCUUACACUCUUCCGUUUCGCCACACCAUUUGAGAAAGUCUUGAUUGUCAUCGCUACGAUCUUUUCAGCCGGUGUUGGUGCUCUUCAACCUAUUUCUAUCAUUAUUCUUGGUCAAUUCUUGAACAACAUGACUGUCGCUCUUACCAUGUCACCGAGCGAAAUGGUCGACUUUAUGCAUCCCGUUAUUAUGACAUUCGUCUAUAUGGGUAUUGGUGCCCUUGUCGGUGCCUAUGUCUGUCAAUGUAUCUGGGUUAUGACAGGUGAAAGCCAAACCCGCCGUAUCCGUCAACGUUAUGUUCAUUCCAUUCUUCGUCAAGACAUGGGAUGGUUCGAUAUGGCUGAUGAAGGCUCUCUUACUACUCGUUUGGCUUCUGACACCAACAUGAUCCAGGACGGUAUUAGUGAAAAAUUCGGUCUUUUCGUUCAAGGUCUUGCUCAAUUCAUUACUGGUAUCGUCAUUGCCUUUGUCAAAGGCUGGAAUCUCGCUGUUGUCAUCUUGGCCACUCUUCCUCUUAUGGGUCUCUGCGCUGGUCUUAUGGGCAAAUACAUUAGCAAGUACAGUAUCAUGGCUCAAAAUGCCUAUGCCGAUGCUGGUUCCGUUGCCGAACAAGCAUUUUCUGGUAUCCGUACCGUCUUCUCCUUCACUCUCGCCAAACGUUUUGCCGAUCGUUACGAUAUUCAAUUGGAACGUGCUUAUGUUGUCGGCAAGAAGCGCGGUCUUGUCAUCGGUGCCGGUUUCGGUUCCUUCAUGUUCAUCCUCUUCGCUACUUAUGGUCUCGCUUUCUGGUAUGGUUCUCAACUUGUUAUGCAAAGCAAGAUGACUGGUUCCAAUGUUCUGGUUGUCUUCAUUUCCAUGAUUAUUGGUGCUAUGUCACUUGUUCAAGUUCCUCCCAACUUGGCUGCUGUCUCUAGUGCUCGUGGUGCUGCCUACAAGAUCUUCCAGACCAUCGACCGCGUUCCUACUAUUGAUCCUGAUGAUGAAGGUGGUAUCAAGCCUGCCAAGGUUAUUGGUAACAUUGAAUUCAAGAACGUCCAGUUCAAAUACCCCACCCGCCCUGAUGUCACUAUUCUCAAAAAUUUAUCUUUGGAAGUUAAGCCUGGUAUGACUGUCGCUUUUGUUGGUCCUUCCGGUUCUGGAAAAUCUACCAGUGUUCAACUUUUGCAACGUUUCUACGAUCCCCUCUCUGGAAGUGUCACCCUCGAUGGUCACGAUCUUCGUGAACUCAACUUGCGCUGGCUUCGUUCCAACAUUGGUGUUGUCAGCCAAGAACCCGUUCUUUUCAAUAUGACUAUCAAGCAAAACUUGUUGAUGGGUGCUUCUCAUGAAGUCACUGAAGAUGAAGUCAUCGAAGCUUGUAAGAAGGCUAACUGCUACAAUUUCAUUACUCAACUCCCUCAAGGUUUGGACACUCUCGUCGGUGAACACGGUGGUAUGCUUUCUGGUGGUCAGAAGCAACGUAUUGCCAUAGCUCGUGCUCUUUUGAAGAACCCUGCUAUCUUGCUCUUGGAUGAAGCUACCUCUGCUUUGGAUACCCAAUCUGAACGUCUUGUACAAAAGGCUCUUGAUGCUGCUUCAAAGGACCGAACUACUAUUGUUAUUGCCCAUCGUCUUUCUACUAUUCGCAACGCCGAUCUCAUUGUUGUUAUGCAACAAGGUGAUCUCAUUGAACAAGGUACUCACGACGAGCUUCUCAAGCUCGGUGGUGUCUACAGCGAACUCGUUCUCAAGCAACAGAUCAACACUGAAAAGGGUGAUGACAAGUCUGAUGAGUUUGAACUUGACGACCGUGAAUUGGAAAAGGCUCUCCAGGAAGAAACUGUCAACGUUGCUACUGCUGUAACUGAUCAGAAUGAAAAGAUCGCUGAAACUCACAUCAAAAUGGCUGACAGCACUGAAAAUCUCGAUGGUUAUCAAAUGAAGUUGCUUAAGGCUAAGGAAGAAAAGAAGUUGCUCAAGAAGCAGAAUGCUCCUAUCAUGAAGGUUCUUAAACUUAUGAGACCCGAAUGGCCUCUUAUGGCUGCUGGUGUUUGCGGUGCUGCCGUUGCCGGUACCAUCUUCCCCAUUUAUGCUCUCGUGUUCUCUCAAGUCAUUAUGAUUCUCACCAACAACGCCGGCGAUCUAGGCGCUAUUGCUCCUGGUCCUCUUGAAGGUGCUAAUUUGUAUGCCUUCCUCUUUGUUGUCAUUGGUAUUGCCGCCUUGUUCUCUUUCUUCCUUCAAGUCGCCGCUUUCGAAGUUGCUGGUGAACGAUUCACCAAGCGUUUCCGUGGUAUGCUCUUCCGUUCUCUUCUCAAACAAGAAGUUGGUUUCUAUGACGAAGAUGAACACAGCAUGGGUGCACUUACUUCUCGUCUUGCUGUCGAUGCCGCCAAUGUCAACGAAAUGGUCACCAAGGUCUGGGGUGAUGUUACCCAAGUUAUUGUUACCGCUAUCACUGGUUUGACCAUCGCUUUCGUCUAUGGCUGGCUUUUGACCUUCAUCAUUCUCACCAUGGCUCCCUUCAUUCUUGGUGCCGCCUCUUACGAAUCUCGUAUCCAUCGUGGUUUUGAAAGCAAGACCAAGAAGGCCUACGAACAAUCUGGUGAAGUUGCUGGUGAAGCUAUCAAGGAAAUCCGCACUGUCGCUGCUCUUAACAAGCAAAACCACUUUGAAGGCAAAUUUGAUCUCGCUACCGAACAUCCUCACAAACUCGCUGUCCGCAAGGCUUAUAUGGCUUCUUUGGGUUACGCUGGUCAACAGAGUAUGAUGCUCUUCACCAACGCUGUUGCUUUCUACGCCGGUAUCCGUCUUAUGUCUGAGGGAAAGAUCUCUUUCACCGACAUGUUCACUGUCAUGAUGGCUGUCAUGUUGACUGCCCAAGGUAUGGGCCGUGGCUCUGUCUUCACCUCUACCUUUGCCAAGGCCAAGCUCUCUGCUCUCAGCACUUUUGAAAUCAUCGAUCGUGUCUCCAAGAUCGACCCUGAUCAAGAAGGUUUCGAAAUUGAUACUGCCAACGUCCGCGGCGACAUUGCUUUUGAAAAUGUUGCUUUCAGAUACCCUGCUAGACCCGAUAUCCCUAUCUUCAGUGGAGAAUUCAACCUCAAGGGCAAGCGUGGUCAAACCAUUGCCCUCGUCGGUCCCUCUGGAUGUGGUAAAUCCACUACCAUUGGUAUGCUUCAACGUUGGUACGAUGCUGCUGAAGGAAACGUCAAACUCGACGACCGAUCUGUCACUAGCUACGCUGUCUCCAAUCUUCGUGCUCAUCAAGCUCUUGUUGGUCAAGAACCCGUUCUGUUCGAUAUGACUAUUGGUGAAAAUAUCCGUUAUGGUAUUCAAGAUAGUCAAACUGUUACUGAUGAAAUGGUCCAAGAAGCUGCUGAAGGUGCCAAUAUCCACAAGUUCAUUACGUCUCUUCCCGAAGGCUACAACACUCGUGUUGGUGAUAAGGGCUCUCAACUUUCUGGUGGUCAAAAGCAACGUAUUGCUAUUGCCCGUGCUCUUAUUCGCAAGCCCAAACUCUUGUUGUUGGAUGAAGCUACUUCUGCUCUUGACAGUGAAUCUGAAAAGCUUGUACAAGAAGCUAUCGAUAAGGCUAUUAUUGAAGGUGGUCGUACUACUAUCACCAUUGCCCACAGACUUUCCACUAUCCAGAAUGCCGAUUUGAUUUGCGUCGUUAGCAACGGUCAAAUUGUCGAGCAAGGUACCCACUGGGAAUUGCUUGAGAAGAACGGUGUGUACAAGGAACUUGUCACCCAGCAAUCCUUGCAAGCUCAUUAAGCAGGUUCAUACCACAUAACAUCCCUCCAACCAAGAAACAAUAUCCACGUCCCCUUUAGAACUCUGCAAGCCUUACAGACUUUUGCUUUGCAUACUUAUACACAGAACAUCUUCCACUACAGAUUUGUAAAAUAGUAUAUGUCUUAAUUACUCAUUAUAAAUGAUGCCAACGCUUUAUUAUCAUCCA